AUGGCCAGCAAAGACGAACCGGUUAAAACUGAGAUUAAAAGGAAAAGAACCAUAAGGAAAGAAACCACAUCGGUUACAGCGGUAGGAGACAGCAAGAGAAUAAAAAGUGAUGUUUCUGUCAAGGAAAGUAAAAGCAGCCUUUUCUAUGCAGAGGAGGAGGAGGUUGAUAAUCGCGACCCCUUGAAUGACCUUGCAACGUUCCGCAAAACAUCUGAAGAAAUUAGAACUGCAAUGGCCGACAUAAAGAAACUCAAGGAGAAAAAAGGCAAAGACUGUUCUGAAGAAAUUGAAGAAAAGAAGAUUAAUGCACUUCUUCAGUUUGUUGUCUUGAAAAAACUGAACCGCCUGGCUCAUGUGCGAUGUAAGAAAGUACGAGAUGCAACAAGUGAGGCCAAGCAGAGGAUUGACCAGUAUCAUCUACAGCUGCAAAACCUCCUUUAUGAGACCAUGCACCUUGAGAAAGAGAUCACACGAUGUCUAGAAUUCAAAUCUAAAGAUGAGGAAAUAGAACUUGUGUCAAUUGACAAGUUCUAUCAGGAAGCACCAGAAGAGAUAUCCCGUCAGGAAGUGACACAAUCUGACAGCCAUCAGAGGACUCUAGCCCGCCUAGACUGGGAGCUGGAACAGAGGAAGCGUCUCGACAUGAAGCUGAAGGAGGCCAAGGACAACAAAGAGAAGCUGGAACAGGAAAUAAAAACAAAGCAAGAAUAUUUGGAAAAUCUACAACCAAAACUGAACACAAUUUUGCAGUCCACUAAGCCUGUACAGGAGUACCUUGGAAUGCCUUUUGACCAGAUUCGUGAGCAGCAUCAGACUGCAUGUCACCUACCACACCCUCUGUAUGUCCUAUAUAUGCAGUCCAGUGCCUACAAACAGGCUUGUGACAAACACUUGGAGGUCAGGAUUGAGGGGGAUUUACAAGCAGCCAAGUCCAUAAAGAGCUCAGUUACUGAGAUUGAUGACGACAGUGACAGUGAUCAGGAGGAACAGGAUAAACCUUCAUCUAAACGCCGCAGGAAAACAAGUGACAGCCGUGUAUCAGACAGAAAAGCACGUGCCUUGCAGCGUCAUCCUCUUGCUGUUGUCAUGGAAAUCAGUUGCCGGGAUGGAGGCUGUCUUUACCUUAAAUUUCACUACCAGAUGUCUUUAGAAAUCAUCACUGUUGAAACAAAAUUUCAGCCUGGCCCUGACAAUGUCACCUCAUCCAUCAGUGGAGGUGACCUACUCUCAGCAGAGUCAGUCCUUAAUGAUAUCUACCCAGGUGACCACGGAAACACAACACCUAAUCCAGCCAAUCAGUAUGAGCUACGCAGACUUGGAUUAAGAGACUUUGCUCACUACAUUCCUGAGCUUGGUAGACCAUUCCUUUGGGCUCAAUGGCUGGGUGGUCUACAGUUCCUCGACCAUGACAGUCCCCUAAAGGCUCAGAGCUCCAUUUCUUCAGCUCAUAUGCAACAGACAGUGAAACUUCUUCGCCGCAGGAUCCGGUCUCGGACAUCCCUUUUACAACAACUUGCAGCAUUAGAGCGAGGAUCUGUACAAGUGAGUAGGGAUUACCUUCCCUUGUUUCCUGCCAAAAUUGUUGCACGCCUUGUUUCAUGGAAACGAUCAACCUAUGAAGACUUUAGUGUGUUGCCCCAUACUCGCCCUGCCAUCACAGCUGGUCUGGCAGGCGAGUCUGACCUGUACUUCACAGCAGUCAUUGAGAGGUGUUCAGCUAAAAUGACGGUUCAGGUGGUACUCACAGCAAACUAUCCUGAAGUGGUUCCUUGGUUUGUUGUUAAUGUUCACUGGCAGACAGAUAGGACAGCUCUGAACGACUGCCAUAUACAGGCAAUGGAGGAAGAGGUCAAUCUGCAUUACCAGGAACUGAUGAAAGAAAAAUCACAUGACCAAAUCUUAUCCAAUCAAAUGCAACGUUUAAUGAUGUGUUUUGAUAUCUACCUGGAGACGGAGGCUCAAAACAUGGAAAGUGAGGGUCCAAUGGAGAUAUCUAAAGAAAAAGUGUUCACCAGGGUAACAAGGGGACCAAAUCGUACCAAGCCCUACAUGUUCUGUCCAGAGGUCGGAAUAUUUACUCAUCGUUGAACCAGAAAGACACAUAAGCAUAAUUUGAUGUAAAGGCCAGAACAGGGAUGGCUGCCUCCAUCCUAACACUGUUCUACAGUAUAUUACACCUGUGGAAAUGGAUCACUGUGAGGAAUACACAUUUUUAAGAAUGACAGAUUUUUGGAUAAAUUGUUUUACAAAUGUAAGAAGAGACUUGUUUGAUUGACAUCUGUUACAUCUGUGUCCAGUUUCCACAGACUGAGUUAUUGUAGUGCUGUUAUUAAAAUGAACAGUGACAAA